ACACACACAACACUCCUGGUGUCUCAACCAGGAAGCAAAAAGAGAAAAAAAGUUGUGGAUUAUGGUGGAAAAUCACCUUAUUUUAUGUAAAGGGAAGGUACUAAAAGCAGAUGAAAGGAGAGAGUGUAUGUUGAAUAGAUCAGAGGGAAAAUCUACUCAAACACUCCUUUUUUAAUCAGGUGUUUGAUUCCCCUCGUCUGCCUUUUCUUCAUAGAGAGACACAUUGAGGGUUUUCUCGGGCUUCCACAUCCAAAUUCUCCCCACAUUCACUGUAAGAAUCAGCCCAGUAAUGAAAUCAAUAUCCACUGCUGGAGGGGAGUAUUAUAUUUGCAAUGUGACCAACUGAUAAAACCAGGUCUUGGCAGACGACCGACAAGGUUGACUUCUAGUGGUUUGGAUUUGGACUCCCCCCUUUUUUUUCUCCCUUGUCUCCCUGCAGCCUUUAAACAAAUGUAAAUGAGUGACAGGGGUUUCUACCUCUGUGCUAAUGAGGCCGGGCCUUUGAAGUUAGGCAUUAACAACUGCAGUGAACAAAAGACAGUUACAGAAUUUUAAAGAGAUUCUGAAAUAUGAGGUGCAAAGCGGGUCGAACAGGAGGGCCAGCAUACGAAGACUUUGAACUCAGCAGGUUUUUAUCAUUGAAAGCGGGGAGCUGGUGGAGAUGAUGGUGGUGGUGGUGGUGAUGAGGAGGAGGAUGAGAAGGAGUGUAGGAUGGAGAACAUUCAACCGGUGCUCACUUUCCACUUCUUUCUUUCCUGUUUCGCCUUUCUAGCAAAGUACUUUUUGCAUAAUUUUUGGCCCACACUUGUCAGAACAGUCCCAGGGUUAAGAUGUUAAGCCUCACUGUACUUUCUUUUGAAUGUGUGUGUGUGUGUGUGUGUGUGUGUGUGAUUGUGAUUGUGGUUGUUUGGUCUAAAUUGUCCUGUCAAAGAGGUUAGCCACGGUUCGAGCCAAGUGACUCCCGUUAGGUUCCUGCAUGUAGAUGGAGGCAUGAAAACAUGACAUCUCUGUGACCCCCUCCCUCUCCUCCCUUUUAUUUUACAACACACACACACACACACAUCAUUGAUCCAUUCCACUGUCCACUGAGUGCCAUGCGCAUCAUGGGUUGUAAUGGUCAAUCACAGUUUGGCAGUUGGGAUGCUUUCCAUUCUUCCAUGAACAUGACAGUCAGUCAGAGAUAACGCCCUCCACUCCAUGCUCCCAAUAACAACAAAGCACACACACAUGUACACACACGCUAGGCUAGCCUGAUGCUCCACUGGGAGCUGGUACUGACCUGUGGCUCUCUCACUCUGCUGCUGCUCACAUGAGGAAAUUGCUCAUGGUGUGACUGAGCAUGGAAAUCAGAGCUCAGACAAUUAAAACAACAAAAGCAGACUUGUCUCGACAGGUUUCUCUUUUUUUUAAUUUCCCGCUACCUUCUUGAAGAACAUAUUUUUUUUACAUUACUGUUGUUUGAGAGUGUCAAGGCCAAAUCCUCCACAAAAAAUAUCCAGCAACCAAAUAAAUAAAAAAUCACAAUUGCGGAGUUUGGCGAUACAUUUUGAUACAUUUAAAGGGUGAAGUGUCAUAAAGGCUGCAUAUUAUUUAAUGACUGUCAUGGAUUUGCAGUAUAAUACACAACUGUAAAAAAAAUAGUUUGCCUUAUUUUUCGCUAAAUGUUAAUUUGUCUUAAGAUUUUAGAGGAAAUUUGACUUAUGUUAUAUGAAUAAAAAAAUAUUUAGACACUUCCUAUUUUUUUUACUCAAGCAACAUUUCCCUUAAAUGAUUUUAAAAAGUAUUUUUUAUCACAAAGUUUGGGAGUGUGUGUAAAUGUGGUUCUAGUUAUCCACAAAAAAUAGGCGAGACACAAUAAAUGUAUUUAAUGGAUAAAACUUAUACGGCUGCCAUUCAAGUUUAAAAAGUGUUUCAUAGUUUUUCCCUCUUAAGAAACUUAAGAAAUGCAAACAGUACAGACGAGAUUGAAAAAAAACUUUUUCAAAACUGCUUAGGAAAGCGUGUAAAAAUAUAUACAUCUGUUAUUCCUUUUGUCAGCGAUGUUUCCGAGCGUUUAUCGUGCACAGAUGAAUGCUCCUGUGUGGGUUAUUACACUUGUAGCCUCACCUCAUCACUCGUUUGAAAAGUGGAGGGGGGAAGGCAGGAACAAUUAAAAGUCAGGAUGGAGUGACGCCGUCUUUCAUCCCAGACAGGCUUAGAAAGUCUCACUAGAGGAAGACGAGGAGGAAGAGCAGAUAAGAUAGUCGCUCUUAUAUCUGUGGUUAAUUAUAAGAAAGACUGUGUGUGUGUGUGUGUGUGUGUGUGUGUGUGUGUGCGUAUGGAUGGGGGUGGUGGGGAUGAGCUUCCUUCCCGUUGGCUUCAUUAGAGAGCCCUAAUUAUCUGUGGAGCUGAUGGAUUUGUGACAGGCCCUAACGAUUAAUGCUGACAAAUUCAGUAAGGUGUCAAGUCCGCAGCUGCCUUGAUGUAAUCAAGUUGAUAUUAUACAGUCCCCAUUGCCCCUAGUGCAGCACCAACUCAAUUUGCCUGUGCAGGUGACAAAUGGACUUUGCUACCUGACUAAUCACGUCAGGAGACAAUGCCAGUUAAUGACCUCGGUAAGCUCCCUCCACCCCCACCCUUAUAACCUUGUAAUAAGCAAACCCCGACCUGCAGCUGCAGCACCUCGCAACCUCUCCCCCCCGGGUUUUCCCUUUAUUUUACUUCCUUUUAUUUUGUGCUUUAAUUUCUUCAAUUAAACUGCUUCAUUUUGCAGAGGCAGCACCGUACUCCCUUUAAAGUUUUUCUUCUAUUUUCCUGUUGUUGCAAAAAAAUUUCUCAACUGUUGCAAAAGAUUCAUUUGCUUUUUUUUAUCGUAAUGACACGGCUCAAGCCUGCUAUAAAAACUUGACGUAUUAGCACUUCAAAACAAUCCCAGCAACCAAACACACACAGCCAGUUGGAGUUUUAACACUUUAGCAUGUGUUGCAGCCUUGCUAGUAAAUCUCCAACACAUCAUAACACGCUCUCCAUAUACUUUUUCUUGAACGUCCUCCCAGCUCUGUGCUGCUGUGUAGCCGCCAGGCUGAAGGCCUCCGGUUUAUUCCGAGCUGGAGAAUCACAGUGCCCGGGGAUUAAUGAUUUUGCAUGCCCGGGGUGGCUAAGAUUACACAGCGACCUUUGUGCUCUUACUUGACGAUGCUGUUAUGUGAUAUUCUCCUCUCGAAAUAAUCAGCAUGCUGAGAUUUAUGUGCCUCUCUACCCUUCUGUCUGCACCGCCGUCCUGAGGAGUGUAUAGCCUCAAGCAUACAUGCCCGAAGACGAGCUUAAGGUAGCUGGUCAAGAUGGGGAAGAGCACCUGCAGGAUGAUGGCCUCUCAUUAGACGGACAGGACAAUGAGUUCCUGUGCAACGAGGAGGAGGAAGACGCAGAUGCAGAUGGAGGCCAACCACCCAGUUACAGAGACUCUCCACUCAGCAAUGGCACCAACCCUGAUGCUGGAUAUGGGUCUCCACUCAGCGAUGCCAGUGACAGACUUACAGACUUCAAGAGCACCCCUUCCAGGGACGCUCAGGAGAGGGAAGGCUCUGCUUUGCCCUCCCGGCCCAACAACGGCCUCUCUUUCCAGGACAGCCUGGCACAGAUGAAAGCCGUCUAUGCAAACCUCAUCUCAGAUGCCUCUUGGUCUAGUAUCACAAUGGACAUCAUGAAAGCCAAGCCUGUAGCAGCUGGCAGUGUCAACAGUGCCCUCGCCACUCCCGAGCCAACCUCCACCGCUUCUGUCUCCACAACCACAACCACAAACAAGAGCAGCAUUGUAAACAUGGCUAGCAGUCACCAUAACGGCAGGAGUUCUGGCACCACUGUCAACCACACAGGCAACACAAGUGGCAAUACUAAUGGCACAGCAGCUUGCUCUGUUAGCAGCCACAGUGCAACCAGCAACAGUGGGAACAGCAGUGGCGGGGCUAGUAAUGGUAGUGGUGUAGCUUACGACUGGCACCAAGCAGCCCUCGCUAAAACUCUCCAGCAGACUCCCUACCACCUUUUACCCGAGCCUAGCCUCUUUAGCACAGUGCAGCUCUACCGGCAGAACAACAAGCUGUAUGGCUCUGUUUUUACUGGUGCUAGCAAGUUUCGCUGCAAAGACUGCAGCGCUGCUUAUGACACGCUGGUGGGUUUGACGGUCCACAUGAAUGAGACGGGACACUACCGAGAUGACAAUAAGGACAAAGAGGAGGAGCAGGGGAAGCGCUGGUCCAAACCUCGCAAGCGCUCUCUGAUGGAGAUGGAGGGCAAAGAGGAUGCCCAGAAGGUCCUGAAGUGCAUGUACUGUGGCCACUCAUUUGAAUCUCUUCAAGAUCUCAGUGUUCAUAUGAUCAAGACCAAGCAUUACCAGAAAGUGCCUCUCAAAGAACCAGUGCCAGCCCUGGCCACUAAACUGGUAUCCACUUCAGCUAAAAAACGAGCUCUCCAAGAUGCCAUAGUGUCUCCAUGCUCCCCAGACUCUAUCCAUGCUGGUAGCUGUGGUGGAAGUGUAUCUCUUGGGGAUGUUGGCAAAGAUUCAAAAGCUGCAGCUAACCCCUAUGUUACGCCAAACAACCGCUAUGGCUAUCAGAACGGGGCCAGCUACACAUGGCAGUUUGAAGCUCGUAAAGCCCAGAUCCUCAAAUGCAUGGAGUGCGGGAGCUCCCAUGAUACACUGCAGCAGCUGACUGCCCACAUGAUGGUCACAGGUCACUUUUUGAAGGUAACACAUUCUGCAUCCAAGAAGGGCAAACAGCUGGUUUUUGACCCAGUGGUGGAGGAAAAGAUUCAGUCCAUUCCACUUCCACCCACUACCACCAGACUCCCUGUUCCCACUAGUGUUAAGUCCCAGCCAGUGUCCCCCGCCCUCUCCUCUGCCUCAGAGGAAAAGAGGGACUUGGCUGAGGAUGAAAAGGUUGAAGGUGGUGAGCCAUUUGAGAAAAAAAUCAAAGAGGAGAAAGAUGAUUCAGGUGAGAAUGACACUACAUCAUAUAAAUACCUUAGAGAAGAAGAUUUGGAGGAGGCACCAAAAGAGGGUUUGGAUAUUCUUAAAUCCCUGGAGAACACAGUAUCCAGUGCAAUUAGCAAGGCCCAGACGGGCACACCCACAUGGGGUGGCUAUCCCAGCAUUCAUGCAGCCUACCAGCUUCAGGGUGCCAUGAAGAGCUCAACUUCUAUCCUACCCCCUAUUGUCCAAAGUAUCCAGAUGCAGCCAAUGUUUAACAGUGGGCUACGAGGCCUAGUGGGUGACCCAAACUCAGUCAUCCACUCACCCCGGAGUCCUUCCUCCCCUACCCCGCUCAGGAGUAAUGUCACUGCCAUGGAGGAGCUAGUGGAGAAAGUAACAGGCAAAGCUGCCACUGUGAAGAAGGAAAAGGAGGAGAAGAUGGUGAGUCUGGAACGAUGCCGGCCGCCAUCUUUAGUCAAAUCGCCCUCUCCUGCACUGAGAGAGCAGAGAGAGCAUUUAGCAUCUCCAAAUGACCUGUCUGUAGGUAAACUGUCUGGUAUGAGAAGUAGCAGCCCAGGCAGUGUAGAUUCGGAGCUCAUCUGCAAGAGAGAGCCCAAAGAGAGCCUAGUAGACGGCCACAACAACCAUUCAAAGAACAGCUCUGAGGCCUGCCAGUCCCCUGUAACUAAUGGCAACAGUCUUGGCAUCAUCACUGAUCACUCACCAGAAAGUCCUUUCAUCAAUCCUCUCAGUGCACUCCAGUCAAUCAUGAAUACACACCUGGGUAAGGCCUCCAAACCAGUAAGCCCAGCUGCAGAUCCACUGUCGAUGCUUUACAAGAUCAGCAACAGCAUGAUGGAUAAGCCGGCUUUCAACCCAACUCCUCAGGGCAAGCCAGCUGAGCCCAUCAAUCACUACCAGUUGUAUGAAAACAGUGACCAGCCCAUAGACCUUAGUAAAAAUAAGUCUACCGAAAACACAAACAGUAAUAAUAAUAACAACAACAACAACAACAGUGUGCUCAACAAUAGUGUAAAUGGUAACAAACCUAUUAUUUCCCUCCCUGAUUCAGUCUCCUCUCCCCUGAGAGAGAACGCCCUAAUGGACAUUUCAGAUAUGGUCAAAAACCUGACUGGAAGACUGACGCCCAAAUCCUCAACUCCGUCCUCCAUCUCAGAGAAGUCGGAUGCCGAUGGCAGUGCGUUCGAGGACGCCCUGGAGGAUCUGUCCCCAGUGCAGAAGAGAAAAGGGAGGCAAUCCAACUGGAAUCCCCAGCACCUCCUCAUCCUCCAGGCACAGUUUGCCUCCAGCCUGAGGGAGACCUCAGAAGGCCGCUACGCCAUGACGGACCUAGGUCCCCAGGAAAGGGUCCACAUAUGUAAGUUCACAGGCCUCUCCAUGACUACCAUAUCCCACUGGCUGGCUAAUGUCAAGUACCAGCUGAGACGGACUGGGGGCACCAAGUUCCUCAAAAACAUGGACUCAUGCCAGCCUGUUUUUCUUUGUGGUGACUGUGCCUCCCAGUUCAGGACUCCCUCCUCCUACAUCGGCCACCUGGAGUCUCACCUGGGCUUCAGCUUGAAGGACCUGUCCAAACUGUCAGCUGAGCACCUACGGGAGCAGCAGGCUGCCUCAAAGGUGAUCACAGACAAAAUGACAUUCGGCAGCCCCCUGUCAGCCUUGACCACGACAGAGGACGACACAGGCUCUGUGUACCAGUGCAGACUGUGCAAUCGGACAUUCGUCAGCAAACAUGCAGUCAAACUGCACCUCAGCAAGACCCACGGCAAGUCUCCAGAGGACCACCUGGUGUUUGUCACUGCUUUGGAGAAAUUGGAGAAGCUAGACAAGAUGGAGAAAGUUUAAGUGGGGUCUCAAGCUGAGGUUAGAGACUGACAGCUGUGGAACUGAUUAGAAAUUCAUUGCACUAAAUGACAUUGUUCACAGUUACUGCACUGGGCCGAACUGAGCCGCCAGAAAAAAAAAAUCGGUCUUAUUUUUUAUUUUUAUUUUUUGUUGUUGUGAUAACUGCCUGACUGGACCAUGUCUUUUCAUGUCGAUUUGUUUUUGUUUUGCCAAGCUUUUUUUACACUUAUUUUGUAAUAUAUUUAUAUGCUAUUUGUCUGAUCUGUGCAUGUAUUUUAGUGAAUCAAGGUUAAACACAAGAUUUUAAUCUUUUGAUGGCAAAAAUACAACUACUGCUUCAAUGGUAAAAAGUGGCAAGUGGAAAGAGAACUGAUAGGAGAGAAAACUGUAUAAUACUUGAUAUGAAGAAGGUGAAAAUUAAAUGUAUACACCAAAAGAAUGAAAGAAUUACCCUGAAAGACUGAAGUAGCACCUUAGAGAGAUUCAUUUUGAAUUUGUAAAGAGAACAUGUUUUGAAGUAUCUUUCAAUAGCAUUUGUCAAAAUCAGAUUGAUUUAAAAGAUCAAAGUUGAUCAUUUCCCUCCUCUCCUUUUUUUGGUUCCUGUCACUGCAAUGUUUGAUGAAGAAUGGCCUGCUAAUAAAUCUGUCAGCGUAUUAGAAAAAAAAAGACCAUGUGAACAUUUCGAAAAACUGAAACGCUGCUUCUGGUUACGAGUAAAUCAGUGAAAAUGAAUGGCCGUCGGUAUGCAAGUUUGCUGAAAAAAAACGUUUCCUUGUUGUGAAGUAUCACCUUAUAGCAAUUUCCCAGUUGUAUGGUUUGUUACAACUUUCUCUUUCUAAAUUGUGUCGCUUUAUUCAACUGUAAAGAGAACAGUCCGUUACAUGUAAAUGAUUACCAGUGAAAUGUCAGUACUCCAUAAGACAUAUCUUACCAUUUGAAAAGGCUCAACAUUCUUUGUAUCUUAAGGUGUGUGCAUUCUCUAACUUUUAUAAUGUCAUUUUAUAUAGAAAAAUGGUCGAAAAUAAAUAAAAAACAGAUGGUGUACAUAGAUAUAUGCUGUAGAGCUACAAAAUGUCCUUUUUUAAAGAAAAUACAAAUUUAGCUUCUUUGGCUUGGUUUACAGAAAUGAUUUUAAUUAUCCUUGCAUCCGAUUUGAUGCAUGAAAUGGUGUGGAAAAUAAAUAAGCGAUGCACAAUGACUAUACAUUUCAAUGUUUUAUCAACAAUAUUGUAAAAAAAAGUUUUUAGCACCAAUUAGUUCGUUUCAUUUCUUUCUCAAUUGUAAAAUAAACCCCAAAGCAGUUGUUAAGUCAUA